AUCCCCUCUCCUCCUCUCCUCCUGUGCCACUUAGCUCCCCUUUUCCGGCUGUUCCUCUUACCAUGACCACAACGCUCCUCCACACCCUGGCCCAUCUCUGAGUCCUGGAACUCUCAGACUCCUACCUGGGCCAUGGCCAACUCGGGCCUCCAGCUCCUGGGCUACUUCCUAGCCUUGGGCGGCUGGGUGGGCAUCAUCGCCAGCACUGCCCUGCCACAGUGGAAGCAGUCUUCCUAUGCAGGCGAUGCCAUCAUCACUGCCGUGGGCCUCUACGAAGGGCUGUGGAUGUCUUGCGCCUCUCAGAGCACCGGGCAGGUGCAAUGCAAACUCUACGAUUCACUCCUGGCCCUGGACGGUCAUAUCCAGUCAGCACGAGCCCUGAUGGUCGUGGCUGUGCUCCUGGGCUUUGUGGCCAUGGUGCUCAGUGUCGUGGGCAUGAAGUGCACUCGGGUUGGAGACAGUAACCCCACUGCCAAGAGCCGUGUGGCCAUCUCCGGAGGUGCUCUCUUCCUCUUGGCAGGUCUCUGUACUUUGACUGCUGUCUCCUGGUAUGCUACCCUGGUAACACAGGAAUUCUUCAACCCCAGCACUCCUGUCAAUGCCAGGUACGAAUUUGGCCCAGCUCUGUUCGUCGGCUGGGCCUCGGCCGGCCUGGCCAUGCUGGGCGGUUCCUUUCUCUGCUGCACAUGCCCAGAGCCGGAGAGGGCGAACAGCAUCCCACAGCCCUAUCGCUCUGGACCCUCAACUGCUGCCAGAGAGUACGUCUGAGUCUGCCUACCCUGCCCAGCCCCCUCUCCCCAGCAACCCUCUUGCCCAGAACUCGAGCCAGACUAAACAAUACCCUGGGCAGGGUAGAUGGGGUAUAUGGAUCCCUUGAACUCGGUCUGGAGCUCCAAACACCUGGUCCUCAACAUAGCCUCUGAGUCAAAGAGACUCAGACACUCAAAGAGAGAUCAGAGGCAAGACCCAGCCCACACGUGACCCAGUAAGGACCAGGCCUAUUCUGUCGACACCAGAAUGAGGACCAGGAUUUAUUCACUAGCUUAGCCACCAGCUCCUUCAUUUGCCAACGUAUUUGCUGAAGGACCCAUCUGCCUGAUACAGGCUGGGCCCUGAGGGCCUCCCAGCCACAGAAGGAUCUCAGCGCACAGCACUCGAGGCCAGACAGCCUUCCAUAUUCCCUCCAAUUCUCACAGCAAGCGCUUAGAAGAAGUACUCUGGGCUAAGGACUGUCUCCACAUCAGACGUAAGGACACUGACCUUUAGUGAAACCUGGAGGCGUGGCUCUCCAAUCUGUGAGAGUAGGCCUCAGCCUCUGACAGUCGGUUACCCAACAUUGUUUGGAUGCGCAUACAGGUCACGAGGUCAGAGGUCAGACUGUCACUCCCACCCCUAGAUAAGGGAUUCGGGCAGGGCCGCCAUCAAAAUCCUGCUCCUGGCCCUGAACUCAUGGUCUGACUCCCUCAACCUUCACUCAUCCCACUAACCAGCGAUUUCUCUCUUUUGACUUGCAGACCUGUUGUUAAGUUGCCCGCCUCGGUCAAGGGCCCCCUGGGUGUGUAAAGGCCAGGGUUCCAGCCAGGCCCUUCCCCCUACCACCUCUAGACUGUGUGUUUGAUAUUUUUGGAAAGAGAAGUGAACAUUCGGCCCCAAGUGUGACAUCAUCCUAUCUGUUCCCAUGCGCCUAGGGUGGGGCCUGGACUAGGGAGGCCAAAGCCAGCUCUUGGGGCUGUAGAGGUGGGUUCCAGAGGUGGGGUACAGGCAGAGCAGGAGGCACUUAGGGUUCCUGCUUUGCAUCUCUGCCUGCCCCCCCCCCCUUGGAGUCUGGUACCAGAACUUCCAUGAAGGAAGAUCACAGCUACCCCUGGUGGCCACCUAAUGCCUGGUCUAGUAAGAGAGCAGGACCCCAGGGUGAGGAGCCCCUGGCCUGGAGACCAUUCCAUAGGUAAAAUGUUCUAAGCCCUCCCUGGGAGUCCUCCUGAGGGAAAAGACAGUCUCUGUGAGGCCCAACUGGGGGCUGGGUCACAGCCCAGUGAGAGGACCCUGUAGUAGCUCCCUUGGUGAGGAAGGGAAUGGAGAGGGACGUGGAUGGCAUCAGGACGGCCCUGAGCCAACUCCAAAGCCCCUCAGCUCAGCUCUUACCCUACUCCUGCAAUGACUGUCAACGCUCCCGCACCCUGAAGUGUAGCCAGAUGACAGGGCUUCAGGUCUUGAGGUCCAGGUAACAACGUAUUAGAAAAGAUUAAGUCCUUUGAGGGACUGAGGGAAACUAGCCCAGGUGAGCAGAGGGCCAACAGUGUCCUGCAUCCUCAGGACCUCUAUCCAGAGAGUGCUGGCCCCUGCUUUAACUCACAGGCUUCUGCCACCCAACCCUAUCCCUGGACUCCAGGGCUGCCCCUCUCCUGGGAUGAGGUGUCCACCACUAUCUUCUCUUGCUUCUCACAUGCCUUCCUAGGUCAGUGACCUAGUGACCAUUUUCACUUCUAGUCUCUAACCAUAUCUCCCACCAAAUUACUGAAUCUCCAGGAGCCAGCUCAGCUUCUUGCUUCUGUGCAGUCUUGAGGUUCAAAGACCAAAACAUCACAGAUGCCAGUUGGGGGUGGGGUUGGGGGUGGGGGAAGCUGGUGCCCGAGAGCUGCUAUGCUCAGGAAAUCACCUAUCUGCUGAACUGCUGACCAAUUAAUCUUCUGAUUGAUGGCAGCCGUCGGCCCCCAUGGAUACCUCUGGUCCUAAACAAGUUCCCCAAGUGAGAACCACAGAAGAGCCCCCUCCUGAUGCCUGAGGCCGUCAGGUGGUCCUUGACCUUGGGUGCACACUGGAGUCAUUUGGAAGUGGAUGGCCAGCCUCCACUCAGACACAAUGACUUAGUUGGUCUAUGGACCCAGGCUUCAGGGUUCACACAGUUCCUUCGAAGUGUGUGGUUCAGAUGAGGGGUGACUCCUUGAGGUCUACACUCCUGACCAUUCUGAGGGAUCUGCAGAGGGUGGAAGGAAUCUACCAGAAGAGGGUGGGGGAGAGGCAAGACUAGAAAGGAAGUCCCAUCGACCUCCUGCCUUUCCGGAGUCCUGGCCACUGGAGGAGACGCCUAUAUCCUUCCCAUCAAUGUCCCUUUGUGCUUAAUGACUUUGAAUCCUGUCACCCGUAGCCUGAUUAACCCAGAGUUUGAAACCUGUGAACCAAAUGUGACACAGAUAGCCUCUCCCCAGGUCUGUUCCUUAGCAGCCCUUGGUCUUUGGUUGUGAGGCUGGCUGGAAGCCUUAUGAUCCCUCUUCACAGUCUGAGGGCUGGGAAGCUCAAGAUUUGGUGGGGGGAGGGGGAUGCAGGCAGGCUGUGCUGGCUACAUCUUGUGGUUGUCAGGAGCAGGCGUGAAAGUUCAGAGCUCCUUGCAAGGAGAGGACCUGGCAGUGGGGUGGCAUUGUCUGUUCCUCUAUGAAAGGAAGCUCAUUCCACUCUCACUGGAGACUGGAAGGACAGACAGUCACACGCCUUUGAUGAUUUUCACAACUAGUUUACACCCUGGUUAAAGAACGUGAGGUACUGGGGGUGAGUGGGAAGGAAGAGUGUGGGAGAAACUGAAGGAGUUUAAAGCUAAGAGUUUGGGGAAUGGUAUCUCCUGAAGCAACCCCAUUCAACUGUCCAGUCUGCUGUUUACUGUUCUAAUCUCAAGGCUGAAGGCUCCAGGAAAGACCGGGGAAGAUGAGGUUCAAGACUCAGAAGGGUCCUAAAGCUAUCGCUGCCACUGGCAAGUUAGGGGAUGAUCCUAAAGCCACUGCCGCCGCCGCUGUCGCUCCUUUAGUCCCAGAAGUGAAAUUGGCAAGUUAUACAUUUUGAUUCCAGAAGGACCAUAGAUAGCUAUGUGUUCAGUUCCUGAAGUCCCAGGCCCUGGGGGAAGAGACCAGGAAGUCGUAGCCUGGGAAGAAGCUUGAAAAUGGAGUGUGACAUAAUCAACUAUGACGUAUGGCUGAGACAAUUUCAAGAAGUUAUUACUAUUACUUUUGUGUUACUUCGUGUGAUAACGACGCUCAGUGUAGGCUUUUUUUUUUUUUUUUUUUUUUUUUUUUUGAUCCUUAUCUGGCAGAGGUACACACCUAAAAGGAUGGCUGGAUUUGCUUUAACCUCUUAGAACAGGUUCCGGGGCAAGGAGAGCUAUGAUGUUGGGAAGACAACAGCUGACAGGGUCCACCCUACCCGUUUGUAUGUUUGCUAAUGAAAGAAAAGUAAGAAAUAAAAAGUUUC